AUGGCACAUGCAACGGAGGAGCUACUGGAUAAGCCGGAUGGCUCGUCCUUGAUCUGGAUCUUUGAUCAUUGCCUUCGCUAUCCUGGCACAUAUGAAAUCCCUCUACGCACUAUGUACGCAUUGAACUGCAACCCCACGAGACAGCCGCCACCCGGUACCGGUCCACGCGAGACAGCGUUCUCCAAUCGUACUUCCAAUUCGUCCAAAUGCUCUACCUCUUCCCAGGACGCGCCAUGGGGGCGUGAUUCUGACUUCCGCGCCCUGUUGACUCAUCAUAUGUCCCUCCUUCAGUCCCAACCAUGUUCGCUCCCCCCCACCUUUGUCACGUCAUUUCUCCGCCGUUGCUUCACCCCGGAGCUGGAAAAUGUGGACUUCCCUCAAGCCCUAACCGGGCUCGAUUAUCUCAAGGAGUUGGAGGGUCGCCGAAAAAAGGAAGUGGCGGCCGCACUGCAUCGCUUGGAAGUCCAGCCGGAGGAUCUCCACAAGAAUUCCGAAUUCCGGAAGAAGUAUCCUGGAGUGGUAACCUGGAUCGAGGCUUUGAGUCUCAAAAACCGAAACAUGGAAGCCCUGUACACUCAGAUCUACAUUGGCCUACGUCGCUGGACCCUCAUCAACGAAAUGUUGAUGGAGCCGUUCAAUAAGGCUAACUGUAUUGCUAUGCUGAACACGCUGUUUCCGCCCCUCACGGACGCAACCGUCACGCCCACUUCACAGCUGACCCCUCAGAUUCUAAAAUCUCAACGUGAUGGAUUCUUCCGGUACAUCUCGGCCAUUAACAACAACGCCAAGGUGAUCCUGAAUAAGGUCAUCACCCAGGGGGCGCCGGAAGGCUCUGACAAUGGAUGGCCGUUGGUGCGGGAUACUUUAGACAAGUACCUUCGGAUGGCCAACGAAAUCAUUGACGAGUGUUUGACUGUCAGCGGUCCCGCUAGCUUUGAUGGCCUCGUCGAUCUCGACAGCUUCGAGACGGUAGAAAACGUCUCGUCCCGUGGACACAAGGGCCGAAAGGUGGAUUCAGGCAUUAGUUUUGGCUCGUCGGAUAUAAUACCCGCCUCGUCCGUCACCAGCAGCAGCAACAGGGAAGAUGUCUUGGACAAACCCCUGCCGCCGUCUCCGAGUAGAAACUCACAGUUGAGGCUGGGUGGCUCUACGCUCGAACGCCUGGCGCGUGAGAUCCGCAAGCUGAGCGACGCCGGAAAGGUCAAGAGCCUUAAGAAAAUGAGAUCCACAAGCACUCUCGGAGUGCGACCAGAAAACCUCCCUGGUAAAACCGUGGACCAUGCGUCUUUUUUCGAAAUCGACGAGCAGAAGCGCAAGAGGCUGAUUUGGGAGGCCACCAGUCGUAAAAGGCCCCAUUCCAAGCAACCUAGCACAGACUCCUUUCAGGAGUGA